CCAAGUUCUUUCAAUGGAAACUCACAACCAAAGCUAGCUUCUCUUUGUCUUCAUAAAUAAUCUUGAGAUUAUAUUUCACUCUCUAGAUCUUUUUAUCCACUUAGAACAAAAGACCUUGGAAAAUCAUGGGUAUUCGAUUGCCGGGUAUCUUUCAAGCUAAGCAAGUUAUUGGAAGAGUUUUCUCGACUUCAAUGGCUUUGGAUGUGCCAAAAGGCCACCUAGCUGUUUAUGUUGGUGAAAAGGAGAAGAAGAGAUUUGUUGUUCCAAUUGAAUAUUUGAGACACCCUUUAUUUCAGAAAUUGUUGAGUAACGUUGAAGAAGAAUUUGGAUUCGAUCAUCCGAUGGGCGGGCUUACGAUCCCUUGCAGAGAAGAGACCUUCAUUGAUGUCACAUGUAGCUUGAAGUGCUCAUAAGCAUGAACUCAA